CUGUCAUGUGAAUGUGUGUUUUGUCAGAGCGUGUCAACAUGUACUUGCUUUGAUGUGUCAAAUGGGGUGCGACUGUAUUUCUAGAUGAAAGUAAUGGAUGCUGUGGAUGUUCAUUAACAAAGGCAGAUGUUCAAUGAGUUUGAAACUACACGUGUUUCACCAUGGAGUUCAUAACUCUGUUUGUCCUGUACAUCCUGAUCUUCAACUUGAUGGUGUUAUUGUACAUCUGUAGAAAUCAUCCGAUACUCAACACUGGGGUGAUUGGGAAGCUGAGAGAAAACAUCAUGCAGGUGAUUUGGUACAUCCUGCCAAGACCAGUUGUCAGCCUUUCAAAUGAAGUAGUUAAUUACGUUUUUAAUACAAGAAAUCAUGUUAUGCAAAUUAUAUUCAUGAUGCUGGUUCUACUGAUACAUGCUAUAUGGAUUCUGGACAUACUGCCAGUGUUGUACUUGGUGGAACCAAACUACAAUCAUACAACUUUUAUCAUGUUCCUUUGCAUGUGCAAUUUCCUGUGUUUCUACAAAAGCUGCUGUACGAACGCAGGGGAAGUAACUCCGAGCAACCAGGAGGGAUCUUAUCGCUAUGAUGGGAUUUUGUACAAAGCUGGUAAUGAAUGCAGCACCUGCAAGUUAAACAAGCCAGCGAGAUCAAAACAUUGUAGUUUAUGUAACAUGUGUGUCCAUCGGUUUGAUCAUCACUGUGUGUGGACUAACAACUGUGUUGGUGGGGGUAAUGUGGUCUACUUCAACCUGUUUCUCAUCACUCUUGUUGUCAUGUGCGUGAACGGGGCCUACUGCUGUUUUAAUUCUCUCUACCUCAUCACAGACUUUCUGAAGCUGAUGGAAACAUCAUAUGAAGAUAUGGUUACUGGGGAACUGAAGCCUGUAACUAUUACAAUAUUAGCUCAGCACUUGUUCAUGGAGUAUCCGAGAAUUGUGUUUCUUGCCUUCUCCUUGUCUGUUCUCGAUGUACUACUUGGUAUGUUCACAAUCUACCACAUCUUUCUGCUGGCGACAAACCAGACAACCAACGAGCGAUACAAAAUCGGUCGGCUCGUCAUGACCGACAACAUUGUGGAAGAAAACGGUAACCGAAAACUGCAGAAGAAACUUAUGACCUACAGACCUUAUGACAAGGGAAUAUUAAAUAAUUUUAAACAGGUUUUAUUCCCAUGGACAGUGAAGAAAGGAUCGACAAGCAAGAAAUCAUGAAUUAUUAUUUUUAUUUUAUUGAACAUAUUUCAGUAAAAUUACUAAUUUACAUGACUGAAAACAGCUUGAACAAUCAUGUCAAUCAUACAACGAAAUGUCUUAAAGGGACGGACCCUAGUUUUUAAACACAAAGGCAUAAUUUUCACCUAGACUAGUUUCAACCCGUUAAAAUGGACACUAAGUUUGGUUCAUUUACAGACCU